UGCAAAAGAUUAAACGUCUGAAAACCAGAUAUCGGCAACUGAAGACCGUGUAUAAUACCUCUGGUCAGGCUGGGAGAAAUGUCCAGUCCUGGAAACAUUUCGAGGCUAUGGACCAAGUGUUGGGGUGCAGGCCUGCUGACGCCCCCAUACUUUUCAACACAACCACUAGGCCUACUCCUGGCAACUGCAGCUACACACCGUCACCAGAGAAGCCGACAACCUCUGGGGAUGUCCCUACGACUACGUCUGGGGACGAAGAUGAUGAUAUUGAUAAUUUUGACUUGGAGGAGAGUUUUGCCGGAAUAGUAGGAGGAGAUGGUGUCGGCAGCUCUCUAAAACUGAGAGCAAUUAUCGAAGAAGAUGCAGAGAAGUUGGCUGAUGAUAACAAUGAUGAUCAGCUCGACCCAUGCAUUCCAUGUACAAGUGUGUUCCUCUCUCUCUCCGAUGAUGAGGAUGAGGAUAAUGAAGCACUUUCUGCUUCACAAAAGCCCUCGGCUUCAACGAGCAAGGGAGGAAAGGGAAAAGGAAAGGGCAAGACGUCAAAGGCAAAGUCAAAGGCAACACCAAAAGCUGCUUCUGCUUCUGCUUCUUCUAGUACAUGUAGUUUUACCACUACUUCUGCCACUACCCCAGCUGCUGCGCCGCCCACCACCACUAGAAGGAGAAAGCGGAGCAGAAUAGAAAUGGCUUGUGAAGCCACGAUUACAUCCUUUCAAAGGUCCCAGGAAACCGCAUCCGCCGUAUUCAGAGAGAUGGAGAGGGCAAGGCAGGAGAGGGAGGUGGAAAUGGAAAGGAAAAGACUCGAGGCAGAGGAAAGAAUGAGGGAGCAAGACCGGGCCCAUGAGGCAUCAUUAAUAAAGAUGAUGAUGGAAAUGAUGACUCGGGACAACCAAUCAAGCUCCCACCCCUAGUGGUCCAGCAGCAUCCAUGUUUCCACCACGUAUGCUGAACUUUGGACAAGCACCUGAACCUCCAAUUCACCGUCAACAGCCAGACCAGUAUGGACAGUUACCAACAAUGCAAGCAUUGUCUCAGCAACCAUUAUUGGCAACAGAAAAUAAAGAAAACAUGUUCUCCCUUUUAACUGAGUAUGUUCCAGCAUACCAGAACCUGUGAGUGUGGUGAAACAUGUACAGUGAACCUCUUAUUUAGAGCCAGUAGUUCAGUUGGAAUUACUAGUACCGGUACUUGAAAUAAAACCGUGUCAGCAGCCAGAGGAACCUUUAGUCUUAAAGGAAACCUAUCGAGAAACGC